CAGUUCAUUUCCAACGAAGAAACAUCCCAACCCUCACCCUCGCUCGGACACCCUGUUUUGGUUGUGUCGAAACUAAUAAGUGACUCAGUCCACAUCGAGUGCCACUAAAGACCAGCAACUACAAUCAACAGCUAAAUAUAUCAAACAAGUGGAAAUCAACGAAAACAAAAUCCUUCGCCAUCGAUCGAUUGUGUAACAAUCUCGUUGUGAUGGUACCUUCUCCGUAGAAAGACCGGAGUCUGCUGAGUCGAAGAAAACGGCGAAUGAGAUUGCAGAAAUGCAUUCACUGUAAACAAAGAUUUCAUCCAUCCCAUGAGCGUCUUCUAAUCUUUCCUUGCCACGCCGCCAAUCUAGUCCGACGAAACGGUAAACAAAUGAUAAGCGCAACGGCGGUGUCUCUCCAGACGCAGCACUGACCGCGCCAAGUCGUCAGAGCCCGAGUCUCACCGCAGACAGGCAGUAUCGCUUCGUUAACUGAUCUCGAAUCACCUCUCGGAAUACCACCCGUGUCAGCAAUGGAUCAUCUAGAACUGGCGCAAAACAUCACCACGAUGACACCCGACACCGAGACCGGCAUGAGCAAAAACGAAGCCAAGCUGCUUGCCAUACUGGCCCUCGGAGUGGGCAGUUUCGUGUCCGGAAUAUUGCCACUGUUCUGCGCGCAGCGGAACCGGGAGCGGUUUCCGGGGUUGAUUUCCUUUCUGCUGUGUUUCGGCGCUGGGGUGCUGCUGGCAACGGCCUUGGUACACAUGCUGCCCGAAGUGCGGGACGCCCUGAAGCAGUACGCCGAGAUUGUCUUCUGCCUCGGAUUCUUCCUGAUCUACGCCGUAGAUGAAGUGAGCCAUAUGUGCGGGGUAGGGCACAGCCAUGGGGGAGAACAUCGUCACCAGCAGGGGCAGCACAGUGAGGGAGCGGCGUCUUCGGCGAGGCGUGCCAGCCGAGACUCGACCAAUGCCGACGCGGAUAGCAGAGGCUACGGAACCAGCGAGGAAACUAAGCUGCUGAGCAAGAGAACCUUCUAUUUCCAUUCCAGUGACAGCACGAUCCAAAUCCCACAACGAUCGUCGGACUUCGAAGCACCCGGGAGCAGUCAAGCCCUCGGAAUGUCCUGUCAGUCCGAUUCCACCGAAAGCAUCCCCAGGGCCGUCAUCAUAACCGGGGACAUGUCCGAACCGGUGACCGGGGUAUUCAGCUUACUGCUAGCCCUGGUAGUGCACUCAUUACUCGAGGGACUCGCCAUCGGCGUGCAGAGUACGGCCCCGGCUGUCCUACUACUGCUGGGUGCCGUCAGUGCCCACAAGUACGUGGUCGGAUUCUGCCUGGGCGUGGAAAUCUGCUCCCAUGGCAGCCGGCACCGGUGUUCGCACAUUCUGCAGAUCCUAACCUUUGCGGUGGGCUCGGUGGCCGGCAUCGGCGUCGGGAUGAUCCUGGACGACAUUGGACAGACGUUCAACGAGUUGGUGAUACCGGUUCUGCAAGGAGUGGCCGGUGGCACUCUGCUAUACGUGACCGUCAGCGAGGUGCUUCCUCGGGAGCGAAGCAAGCGCGCCGCAAUGCGGUUGCGCCAUGUCGGCCUUCUGCAGCUGAUUGCAGUGAUACUAGGUUUUACCGUUAUGUCUAUUUUAAGUCUAAUCAUAACCGAGAAUUAGCCGAACUGAAAUGAGAGGUUCGAUUGAAAAGAGAUUUAUUUUUUGACAACUAUGAAAAAAUAUUCGCUUUUAAGUAAUUGAACAUAGAAAAAGAUGUAGAUACUUAUAUUUAAGAGUAGUGAUGAGGAGCACGUGCGAGCUAAGCUGUUUGCAUGGGUCUAAUCGAUCAUAAAUAAAACGAAUCAAGUGAGAUGAAGUAACCAAA